GGGUCCCCGUGGGACCAACUCGAACCUGGACGUCCUGGCGAAAGUUGCAGACGACGCGACAACAAUAGAAGCUUCCCUCCACUCCAUCAUCGAAGAUCCUCCCUCCUCGAAUUGUGUCCAUCCGCCAUAAAGGAAUCCGUCGUCUCCCCACGUUUCGUCACCUGCAUUUGCUCGUGUUCCUUGCUCAGCCACAGCACAAGCAAAUCCAAGAAGAAGAAGAAGAAGAAGAAGAAGAAGAAGAAGAAGAAUAAGGCGAGGAAGAAGAUGACCAGGAAGCGAAUCUUGGUUGUCGGCGGCACCGGCUACUUGGGCCAGCACCUCUUGCGGGGGUAUUCGGGGGCUCCGGAUUCUCCGUACGACCUCGCGUUCACGUACCGCUCCAAUCUCCCCCGGGAUCUGCUCGAUGCCUUUCCUGGUUCUCUGGCCUUUCACGUUGAUCUGCAGACUGGUGGAGGACUCGAUGCCGUUUCCCAGGCGUUCGGUCAGCCUGAUGUGGUUGUUAACUGUGCUGCACUCUCUGUACCUCGUGCCUGCGAAGCAGAUCCAGCAGCCGCUAUGUCUAUUAACGUGCCUUCUACUCUUUUAGAAUGGCUGUCGACUUUUAAGGAGGCUAACACUCUGCUUAUACAUCUAUCAACUGAUCAAGUUUAUGAAGGGGUGAAAUCCUUCUACAAGGAAGAGGACGAAACUAGUCCCGUGAAUGUUUAUGGAAAGUCUAAAGUGGCAGCAGAGCAGUUCAUCAGCAAGAACUGGUCAAACUUUGCUAUCUUGAGGAGCAGCAUCAUCUUUGGCCCUCAGACUAUUUCACCUGUUGCAAAGUCCCUUCCCAUUCAGUGGAUUGAUGGCAUCCUCUCUAGAGGAGAUAAAGCAGAGUUCUUCCAUGAUGAGUUUCGCUGUCCAGUUUAUGUCAAGGAUGUUGUAACUGUAAUACAAGCUCUGACUAGUAAAUGGAUAUCAGAUGGCGAGCGCAUGCAAUUGCUACUAAAUGUUGGAGGACCAGACAGAGUCUCUCGUGCUCAAAUGGCGGAGACUGUGGCACAUAUAAGAGGAUACAACACCUCUUUAAUCACGCUAGUGUCUGCUUCAUCAGUUGACCGGGGUGUGAGAUCCCCAGCUGACAUCUCCAUGGAUAUCACUAGACUGGUUCAGACACUAAGAAUUUCUCCUACUCCAUUUAAAGAAGGUGUCAGAAUGACGCUUGAAGCUGAAGGAAGUGGUUGAUGCCCUUUUGGUGCUGAAAAUGUUGCUUCUGUUUUGAAGUUAAAUUGGUUUAGACUUUUUUGAUGAUCACGGGCCAUUGAAGAGCAGAGGAUCCAUCAAGCGUGGGUUCUGCUAGGUUUCAUUUGCUGGAAGUUCCAGUGUGUCAUUUCAUUCUUUUGCCUGUGUUGUAUAAUGACAAUCCUGGAAUGACUCACGUAUGUCAAAUAAAAAUUCAUCGUUCACUUGUUCAGCAGCUAUGUCUAGUUGCUGGAUGGUAAUCAAAAACAGGGAGAGUA